AUGGCCACUUACACUGCUUACAGUGGCUACAGCAAGCCACCUCAAUCUUAUGUUGGCAGUUACUACGAUGGGAAACCGGCGCUGACAAAUGGAGAGUACGGAGAGUAUGGGGACUCUGUAUAUGAGGAAAAGAAGAAAAUUGAAAAACGGAAGCAACGAAAUGCUAUCUGCUGUGAGGUAAUAGCUCUCAUCAUUGGCUUCAUUGGACUAAUUGGCGUUGCAGCUGUGACGGGCCUGCCGAUGUGGAAGGUAACAGCCUUUAUUCAGGAGAACAUUAUUGUCAUGGAGACCCGCUGGGAGGGUUUGUGGAUGAACUGCUACAGACAAGCCAACAUCAGAAUGCAAUGUAAAGUGUACGAUUCCCUGCUGUAUCUGCCUCCCGAUCUCCAGGCCGCCAGGGGUCUGAUGUGCAGCUCUGUGGCUCUGACCACCUUCGCCCUUAUUGUUUCAGCAGUGGGGAUGAAAUGCACAAAAGUGGUGGACCACCGGGCUCGUACCAAGCAUAUUGUUCUUGUGGCUGGUGGCUGCCUGUUCCUCAUGGGUUGCCUUACAACCCUAAUUCCCGUGUCCUGGACUGGCCAUGUCAUCAUCCAAGAUUUUUACAACCCUCUACUGAUCGAUGCCCAGCGUAGAGAGCUCGGGGAGGCUCUUUACAUUGGCUGGGUGACUUCAGCGUUGCUUUUCAGUGCCGGAGUGAUCCUGCUUUGCCGCCAUGCUCCCCGCACCCAAGAUCCAGAUGAGAUGAUUCAAUACAACCCCACAGGAAGCUUCUACCAACCCGCAUACACCAACCAGCCAGCAUACACCUACCAGCCAGCAUAUACCUACCAGCCUGCUUACUCUGCAGCCCCACCAGGAUCUGUGAUAUACGCACCAAGUCAAUACUAA